AUGUGCACGUCAUACACUACAGUACGCAUUGCCACCGAAGCGAGUGGCAUGAUGUGAUGGAAUUUGGAUCGUUCGAACUUUGAACAAAUAGUCAUACAGUCAUACACUAUGCGCGAUGCGUUAAACAUCACAUGCAGUGAGAUAGGCUCGAGAUAGUUAUUCGAUUGUGCACAUCUACAGUAUUGUGUUGAAUCUGAUUCGUUUCACGCUCUUUACCAACAAUCUGUGAUUCUUGCGAGUAGAAUUUUUUUGUUUUUCAAGAAACUCUCAACGAGAGAGUCGUGAGUCAUCUUUUUGUCUGGUCGCGUGUGUGCAUGCGUUCACUCUUUCUUUCUGCUAGUUUAAAUUCAUUCUGACGUGCAGUCGAUCUCCGUUUCACGUACGAAAAUCAUUUAUUUAUCGGGAACCGAAUCGAAAACGUGAACGUCGAGCGAAACGACGCUCGGCUAGUUAAGCGCAAAGGGAUGCCAUCAAAAUGGGUUUAUAUAAUCCUUAAUCUGAUAGUUUGUGUAAUUGCAUCUGAGGAAGACGAGGCUACUAGAGCGUACAUAAAAAUAACCGAAUUUGAUUACGAAGAUACUUGCCUGAGUACAGCGGAAGCGCAAUGGGAAUUCAUUAAUUCACCAUCGAAUGAAAAAUUAUCAGUAUGGGAAGAGAAAUUAAUAUCUUAUGCCGCUUUCAAGAACACAGAAAAAGACAUAGUAGCCAACAUUUCAAGAGCUGAUAUUAGCGAUGAAUCUUUACAAUACAAAUACGAUGUUGCUGAAAAAAUAGGUGAUGCUCUAUUGGAUAUUGAAGAUUUUAAGACAAUGUAGAACGUAUACUGUCUCGUGAUAGUAAUAUUAGAAACAAGAGCACUGUUUGGACAACAUGGCAUCGAGAACUAGCUCCAUUAGUUAAUAAUUUUUCAACUAUCUUACCACUUGCUGAUAAAGCUGCCAAAGCGAAUGGUGCCAAAGAUGUUUCAGAAUAUUGGGAACUCUUAAGUGGAUAUAGCGAUGGUUAUGACAAAAUUAGAUAUAAAUGGAAUAGGAUUAUCGAUCUUCAUAAAAAGAUAUUGAAAUUCGCAAUAACUACCUUGACUAACAAGUAUAAUAUUAAUAUGAAUGAUACAAUACCAGCGUACUUACUUGAAACUUCUUGGGAAAUCACUCUACAAAACUGCUUCUGCUAUGAGUACACAAAUACUAAGUCAAGUGCCCCAAGCAGAAUUUUGGGAGAAAAGUUAUUUCAACCAGCAGUGUCCAUCAAAAUUAAUUAAUUUUUGCAAAAAUGCUGUUUUGAGGGUAUCUACUUGCUUUGAGCCUACUAUAAGUAAUUAUCUUUCUGCUCACAAAAACGUAGGAAAAAUUGUGUUCAAUCAAUUAUCUGUCGAAGAUACACCGAUACUUAACACGGCUAAUCGAUAUUCAGCUUUAGAGGAAGGUGUAUCGGAACUCUUUGGUAUUUUAGCUGCAAGUCCUGCUUGGUUAAAUUACACGCGUAUUAUCGAUGAUUCUAGCGAUAAUGAUCAAAAUUUAAUAACAUCUCUUAUGAUUACUGCAUUGAACACGUUACCACAGAUUGUUUAUUAUAUAUCUGUAGACAUGUGGAGAAUUAAUGCUAUUAAAAAAAAUAUAACAAAUUCUGAGGAUUUAAUAUCAUCUUGGUGGGAAUAUAGGAAAAUAAUUGGCACAAUGUUAGCAUUUCAAUUAUAUGAAUAUCUGAUGGAAUCUACGGAAGUUAGAUAUGACUCAAUCGUGAGAAAACAUAUGAAUAUUGAUUUCUUAAAAAUGAUUCAGCAAGGAAGUGCCGAUGAUUGGAUGAAAGUAAUAGAUAAAUAUUUGGAAAUAGACGAAAUUUCACCAGACUCGUUACUCUCAUUUUUCUUACCGUUAGAAGAUUUCAUUGAUGAGCUGGAUGAUGAUUUCCAAUUCAAAGCGGUUACCGCCAAAGAAUCAGAAUUAGACGAAUUAGAAAAAGAAAUAAUUAUGGAAAUGAAUACUCCGUUAACGACCACUAGCACAACUCCUACUCCGAAACAUGUGAACACAGAACCAAAAAUGUCGGAUGCAAAGUCUUCGAACAAACAAAAUGACAAAAGAAGCGAUAUAAAUACUGUGACUAAUUCCGACAAAAAUUUAGAAUCUAAAUCGUCUAUAUAUACAUCAGAGAAGAAAGCAGAAAAUCAUAAUCCAUUACAGUCAGUAACAGCGGAAGUUCCUUUUGAUAAGUCAUUACUUGAUAUUCAGGACACAGAUAAGAAACCAAAGAUUAGUACUAAUAAGGCAGUAUGGGCGGUGGGCGCAGUGUUGAUAGCAGUAAUAAUCAUUUGUAUAAUUGCGAUAUUCGGAAGACAAAGAUGUCGCAAAAUACCAAAAAAUAGACGAUACGUUUAAUAGUAUCCAUUUACGUUGAAAAAAAUCUCUACAUCACGUAUAUAUUUAUUUUCGCAUUUAGUCUAUAACAUUUUCUCAAGUAAGUUAUUGUUAUAAAGCGUUUCGUAGAGAAAAACAUUUAUUAAUUCGCAAUAUCUAACAUUGUACAUUCCUUACUGUUCGUUGCAAAAGAGAAACAGAGGCUACUCUCAGAAUUGUAGUGUGAAUACUAGUCUCUUGAUACAGUUGAGCAGUACACAUGAAAGAGCUUAAUAAAAAGAAAUGAUGAGUAUUAAUAAGUAUAAGCGUAAAUAUUGUAUUCAAUUCUCUAAUUGGAAUUAUUUAAUUUUUAUUGUAUUAUGUAUAUAUGUAUACAAAUUUAAUAUGUAUUAGUAUUAAAAAUAGAAAAGGAAUGUCGUAAUAUGCAUGCCAAGUACAAUAGUUCCUCCGCCACUAUGCCAAAUUAUAAAAAACUAAAAAGUUUUAAGAAACGCACAAAAUAAAAGAUGUCUUCCUCCUUUUUUGUAGAGCUCGUAGGAUAUGUACUUCAAUGGUAUCUGUAUCUGUUUAUGUAUCAUAUUUUUCAAGAUAUGAUUUGUACAUAAUUACUCAUACAGAAUUGUAAGAUAAAAAGCAUAACGUAUCAUAACGUUAAUCAUGUCACAAAACCAGUGUAACAUAUUUUUCUAACAUAAUAAUAUCAUGUAUAAUAUUUAUAUACAUGUAAUUUGUAUACAAUAUAAUCUUUAUAUUAAGAAUUUAUAUUUUUUAUAAAAGUAUUUAUUUUGUACCACAUAAAGUAAUCUAAUAAAGUAUUCUUCUGGUACAAAAUUAAUAUGCGUUAGUUUUAAAAGAUUAAUUUGUCUCUUAUCUAUGAUGUUGGAAAUCAUUGAGCGUUCUGUCAAAUUGCAAAUAUAAAUACAAGGAUGUACAUGAUGCUUAUCUAAGUCAAUGCUUAUCUAAGUCAAUACGAAACUCAUACGUACACUUCAUACAUUUAAAAAAGGUAAAUUAACGAGCUGAUUUCAAGUUUUAAAUACAAAUUAUUUUCCGUUAUUGCAAAAUGUAGCUGUGUUUUUCUAUUUUCUACCAAAUAAAAAAACAAGUUAUAACAUUUUGUUUCUAUAACAUUUUCUAAUAUGAUGAGUGAAAUAUAAUAUAAUCUCAUAGAUCCUUUGAUAUUCAAC